AUGUCUGAGGAUCCCAAAUACGACGACAUCCAGUCCGACUCCGACUCUGGAGAGUCCAUCGACGCCCAGGACAACGUCGACAACACCGAAGAGAAGACGCUCAAGCCGGCCCUCAAGAAGUCCAACCCCGCCAUUCCCAACCAGGCGGCCGUAAAACCUCCGCUGCCCCCGCAGACCGACCCCAAAGACCUCGAUGUGUCCGUCUUGACACCCCUCACGCCAGAGAUUAUUGCUCGCCAGGCCACCAUCAACAUCGGCACCAUCGGUCACGUCGCUCACGGAAAGUCCACCGUCGUCAAGGCCAUCUCCGGCGUCCAGACCGUUCGAUUCAAGAACGAGCUGAUCCGAAACAUUACCAUCAAGCUGGGAUACGCCAAUGCCAAGAUCUACCAGUGCGACAACGCCGCCUGCCCUCGUCCGGGCUGCUACCGAAGCUAUGGAAGUGAGAAGGAGGUCGACCCUCCUUGCGAGAGAGAUGGCUGCGGUGGCACCUACAGAUUGCUCCGACACGUCUCAUUUGUCGACUGCCCUGGUCACGAUAUUCUCAUGAGCACCAUGUUGUCAGGAGCCGCCGUCAUGGACGCCGCUCUUCUUCUCAUUGCAGGCAACGAGUCCUGCCCUCAGCCCCAGACAUCGGAACAUUUGGCCGCCAUCGAGAUCAUGAAGCUGGAGAACAUCAUCAUCCUGCAGAACAAGGUCGACCUGAUGAGGGAAGAGGUCACUCAGCAGCACUAUGAGUCGAUCCUCAAGUUCAUCCGUGGAACCGUUGCCGAAAAGUCCCCGGUCAUCCCCAUCUCUGCCCAGCUCAAGGUCAACGUGGAUGCUGUUCUCGACGCCAUUGUCAACACCAUUCCCGUGCCCGUCCGAGACCUCUCCAUGGAGCCCCGCAUGAUCAUCAUCCGUUCCUUUGACGUCAACAAGCCCGGUGCUGAAAUCGAUGACCUCAAGGGUGGUGUUGCUGGUGGCAGUAUCCUGCACGGUGUCCUCAAGCUGGGAGACGAGAUCGAGAUCCGCCCCGGUAUCGUCUCGCGCGACAACAACGGUGCCCUCAAGUGCGCCCCUCUCUUCAGCAGAGUCAUCUCCCUCAACUCCGAGGGCAACGACCUCAAGUACGCCGUGCCCGGUGGUCUGAUUGGUGUCGGUACCCAGAUCGACCCUACCCUCUGCCGUGCCGAUCGUCUGGUCGGUUUCGUCCUGGGCCUCAAGGGCAAGCUGCCCGACAUCUACAGCGAGAUUGAGAUCAACUUCUACCUGCUCCGACGUCUUCUCGGUGUCAAGACGGCCGACGGCAAGCAGGCCAAGGUCGCCAAGCUCGCCAAGAACGAGGUCAUCAUGGUCAACAUUGGCUCCACGUCCACUGGUGCCAAGGUUGCUGCUAUCAAGAACGACGCCGCCAAGCUGGUCCUGACCAGCCCCGUCUGCACGGACAUUGGUGAGAAGGUGGCCCUCAGCCGACGUAUCGACAAGCACUGGCGUCUUAUCGGAUGGGCUACGAUUGCCGCUGGUGUGACUCUGGAGCCCAGCUCAGCAUAA